UGCAGGAGGGUUAAAAAAUUUCGAAAACUUCCUCCAAAAAAAUUGAUUAAAAUUUCAAACUGUGAAUUAAUUAGUGGUGGAAGUCAUUUUCUUACAAUUUCCAAAUACAUCGACUCUUAAUAGCAAGGGUUAAUAGUCUGACUCUUCGCGCAGUUACGAUCACUUUCGAGGAAACAAACGGGAGAAGAAUCUCGCAGCUGAUGGCCAGCGUUUAUCGAUACUUUUAUAGAGACCUACUUAAAAAAAACCAGUUGAUCGAUUCGCUGGACUCUGAAUGAACGCACGACGAUCCCGUUAUCGUUUCGUCCGAGUGGGUCACCGACACCUCGACAGGAUUUUACUCAUAGCCGCUUCGACCUGCACGUAUCGAAGUUGUGCCGUGAACAGACCGUUUCUUGCUUAUACUUGGUGGGGCCUGACAGGACCGUCUCAUGUUCACUGCACCUGUUUAUUAAUUUCUUGGAACUUUUACAAUUUUUUAUUACCUGGUCAUAAUUUUCUUUUCUUCAUUUUUCAAUUAGUGGUGAUAAGUGCCUUCUACAAUUACUGAUCAUAAUUCGAUUAUCUUCUUAAACCUUCUUCUUCGUCUUCCUGAAUGUUAAUCUUUCCCUCUGUUCUUGCAAAUAUUCUGCUGCAAAAGUUUUUACUAAUUCUUCAUGUAUCUUGAAACUAUUCUGUACUGAAACUCUUCCGUACCCAAUGUGAUGUAUUACUAAUAAAAUUUUGGAAAAUGUUUCUUGUCCACUAAAUUGUCCACUUCAAUGAUUUCCCUUUACUUUUACACCACGUUCAAAAUUAGCAUGAACAAACACGUCUAUCUAUUAUCGCUACUGAAUAAAUUCAUUCAGAAUUGAUACAAAGGUUUAAAGAAAACCGGCGAAACAAGUCCCGCAAUCAUAGAGCCCGUGCGUCACGCACCACCACACUCAUUUACAAUAUUAAUGUAAAUUGUUGAAAAAAUGGUGUGUCGUGCGACGAACGAAAGAGAGGGGAUCUUGAAAGUGGAGCCAAGCUUCAGCCGUCCCUGGAAACCAGAUGGGGUCUGAAAGUGCCCCGCGUGUUCGCCUCCGAGGAGUAUAUCCAUGCAGUAUUAGUGUCCGCGGGAUCGAGUAACCUGUCGUACCUUUUUAUCACUCUAUCGCCAAUAAAGGACGUUUUCGCCUACGUGGUGAUCUUCUGAACAGUUUUGAAACAACUGAUCAUUGUCUCUGUUCGCUGAUAAACGAAAAGGAAACGUUUUGAAAGGACUUUCUGGGCUGAUAAUCGAAACUGGAUCGGCGAGUAUGAAGAUCGCCACGACCUUGUUCCUCUUCGUGGUCGUCGGAUGCACGUGGCGGGAGACACUAGGGACGUGUGUGUUUCAAUCGGACUUUGGUUUUGUGCUUAACUGCGCCUUCAAAAAGUCCGGCCUAUUUCGAGUACGAAAUCUUGGAGGGGUCAAAGGUUACGUCGGCCUGGGGUUUUCCGUUGGCGACGAGUUAGGUUUUUCCCAGUCACUGUCGAAUGUGGAAGCUGCCAAAAGGAGAAGUGUGCAAACUGGCAGAGGCAAUGUACCUCUUAGCUCGGCUUCCAAUCGCGAAGAAGUGAGACAACAGACACAAAGUACUCGCCAAGUUGUGCCUCCUUUCAAACCUCUACCACCAGGAGCAGCAAGACCGAUUGCUCAGCAACCGGAACGCCAGAAGCUCGUUGUUCAACAGAAUUCCACAGCUCUCCGAACAGUACCGGCGCCUUCUUUAUCGACAACUCAACAAGACCUGCUAAGGCAACAACAGCAGUUGCAGCAGCAACAGUUGAUGCAGCAAGAAGCGAAACAUAAACAGCAACAAAGGUUGCAGCAAGAAGCGUUCGCGUUGCAGGUGCUGAAACAACAGAGGUUGCAGCAGCAGGAGGCUAUGAGACAGCAACAGUUGCAGAAAAUGCAACAACAACAGAAACAGCAGUUGGCUACGCAGCAGAAGAGGCAUCAACAUGUAGUUCCUAUGCAGGUGAAGAGGGAUCAGACUCCACAAAUGCUGGCGGUCGCAGCUGUGCCAGGAAAGCUACCGAACCUCGUAGCUGCAAUUCCACCAGCUGGAAGUAUCGUCGAGCCUGAAAUUCCAUCGAAAUCAUCUUCUGGAGAUAGCUUACCUCCUUUCAUCACGAUGCCGCCAUCAUCGGCACAGUUAACCGAUCGCAUCAGCAAUAAUCCUGCUAUAUUAGAGGACUCCGAUAAUGAAGUGUCCAAGGAUGAUUUCGGUCAGUUACCUUUACCUGGAGAGGAAGCUGCAUCGUCCGUGAAUGAAAUGACUCUACUAUCUCUCCAUCCAGUGUCAUCUGAAUCGAGUCAGGCCUUAUCACAACAGAACGAGAAACGACAAUCGUUGCCAUCAUCUUUGCCAUCAUCUUUGCCAUCGUUAGAACCAAUUCAGGGAAUGGAAACAUCCUUGAAAGCUUUGGCAGAAGCUAGUAAUAUCACUUUGGAAGCUUUGGAAGCAGCGAUUUUGUUAAGACAGCAGCAACUUAUGCGGAAGCAACAGGGUCCUUCUACUACGAGCACCACGACUACCACGCCAUCUCCUCAUAAGAAUAAAUACAAUUCUGGAGCUACUAAAGUGAUGAAUGCACCACGUGAAUACUAUCCAAUGGGUUACGACAAAAAUUUUGACGACAACUUCGCCAGCAGAGUGGACCUACCUGAUACAAGCUUCUACUGCGGUGAUCAGAAACACUUCCCCGGACUGUACGCUGAUGAGGAUCUUGGAUGCAUGGUGUUUCACGUCUGUGCAUUAACGGACGACGGUCUGAUCAUGAAGAGCUUUCUGUGUCCCGAGUCGACCCUGUUCGAUCAGACAAUCCUAAAAUGCAACUGGUGGUUCUACGUGGAUUGCAAAGCCUCGAAGAGUUUGUACGACAGUAACAUCCCCAUCAGCAAAAGCUACCAGCUGAUGAAAGCUCUGGCAUUCUUCUCGGCGUACAAAAACCACGACAAUAGUACAAAUGAAUCAUCGGUGUUCGAGCAACGAUGCAAAUUCGGGGGUAUGCUCCGGAUUCUUGACGUUGGGGAUUAAACAUCUCUAGUGACCAAGAAGGCAACAAGAUUAAACGUCAAACUCCAUUCUCGUGUUAUCGAGGGGAUCUCGACGCCAUUGGCGUACCGAUGUCACAGACAGCAUUUGAUUUACAUGUUCGUUUUAACAAUUGUUUGCUUUGAUUGACAAAUUCGAGGUAUAAUAAAAAUUUGUCAGCUUUGAUGGAACAAAACAAUUCAUAUUUUAUGUAACAGGCUUUAUAAAAUAGUAUGACAAGUAUGGUUCCACAUUCAUGCGUUCAGAAACUGUUUCAAACAAUGAAAUGUCAUUUAUCAAGCUUAAGAAUAAAAUUAUGGAGUGAAACCUGACCUGAUAUAACCUAAUUCAUGUAUCUGAAAAUUGUAUCAAGUAAUGCAGCUCAGUUCAAUCUUUGAAUACAAAAUUGUGAAGUGAAAUAUUUGAGACGAAUACAACAUGUGUAUCCUACUUGGUUAGCCUAACACAUGUUUCCAAAAACUGUAUCUCUCGAUAUAGCUCAAUUUAACAAUUCCCAAACAAAAAAUUAUUAAGUGUCAUAUUUGAGACGAAUGCACCUCUUUUAUUUUAGUAAGUUAAUCUAACCUAUGUAUCC